CUCGCUGCUCUCUGGUGGACGAACCGUAGGACGAACGCGUGUAGCCUUCAGUCGGCUUUUUAGUCACUGGUCAAAGGUAGUGCAGGAAACCAGAAAACGCUAGUUGACUUGUGCAAAAUGGAGUUUACAAUAUGUCCAGCCAAACCUGAAGACUGCAAAGAUAUAGAACGCAUGAUUAUGGAAUUGGCUGUUUAUGAAAAGAUGCCUGACCAAGUGAAGAUAUCCCAUAAAGAGUUGGAGAGGGAUGGAUUUGGCCCCAAUCCUUUUUACCAGUGUCUUGUAGCUGAGGUACCUGAGGAGCACAUGUCUAAAGAUGGACACACUAAGGUUGGCUAUGCUCUCUUCUUCUAUACGUACAGCACCUGGAAAGGAAGGACUGUGUAUAUGGAGGAUCUGUAUGUGAUGACAGAGUACAGAGGUAAAGGCAUUGGAAAGGCUUUAAUGGCAACUGUUGCCAAAGUGGCCAAAGAGCAGCAUUGUGUGCGUUUACAGUUCUCUGUACUGGAUUGGAACAAGCCCUCUUUAGACUUUUAUUUAGCCAAAGGUGCAGAGGACCUCACAGCUAAGGAAGGCUGGCAUUUUCUCCGCUUUCAUGGAAUAGCUCUGGAUAAUCUAGCACAGGAAGCACCUUUAAAAACAUUAAGACAUCUGACAAGUUUAGGUAAUGUCACUAGGAAUACUUAG